AUGUAUGAACUCUGCUCCACUGAGUUCCUGGGCAGCUUGUUUGCUUGCACCAGGAUCCUUUUGAUUCACAUGGAAGAAAACAACAACUCUGGUGCAUUUCUGGUGCCAUAUCUGGUAUUUGUGGUAACCUGUGGUGUACCCCUGUUCCUGCUGGAGACAACUAUAGGACAGUUCACCCAGGAGGGUGGCAUUACAUGCUGGAGGAAGCUGUGCAGACGACGAGUGCUGGCGAUCUCAGGGGGCAUUGAGGAAAUAGGUAGCAUCCGAUGGGAGUUGCUGUUUUGCCUCAUCGCUAUGUGGAUCAUCUGCUACUUUUGUAUCUGGAAAGGAGUCAGGUCUACAGGAAAGGUGGUAUAUGUCACAGCUACCUUCCCCUAUGUGAUGUUGUUAAUUCUGUUGAUUCGUGGCCUCUCUCUUCCUGGAGCAUUAGAAGGAGUGAUGUUUUAUCUUCUGCCUGAACCCUCACGACUGAUAGACCCUCAGGUGUGGAUGGAGGCUGGGAGUCAGAUCUUCUUCUUCUACAGUAUCGGAGUGGGUACCCUAACUGUGCUGGGAAGCUACAACAAAUACAACAACAACUGCUCUAAAGACUCUCUGAUGCUGUGUUUGCUGAACAGUGGUACCAGUUUUGUAGCUGGUUUUGCUGUGUUCUCAGUGCUGGGAUUCAUGGCUCAUGAGCAAGGUGUUCCUAUUGCAGAAGUGGCCGAGUCAGGUCCAGGCCUGGCGUUCAUUGCAUACCCUCAGGCUGUAGCCAUGAUGCCCCUGCCUCAACUGUGGUCCAUCUGUUUCUUUGUUAUGCUCAUUCUCUUGGGUCUGGAUACACAAUUUGUUAACAUGGAGGUUUUGAUGACGUCCUUCAUCGAUAUGUUUCCCAAAGUGUUGCGCAGACCUGGCCGAAGGGAGAUUUUUCUCCUUUUCUUCUGCCUAAUAUGCUUCUUCUCUCAGCUUGUCAUGGUUACUGAGGGAGGAAUGUUUGUGUUCCAGUUGUUGGAUUACUAUGCUUGUAAUGGAGCCUGCAUCCUCUUCCUAUGUGUGUUUAAAACUCUGGCACUGGGCUGGAUAUAUGGUGUAGAUAAGUUGUAUGACAUAAUAAAGGACAUGACAGGGACACAAGCCAACUACUUCUUUAAACUCUGCUGGCUCUACCUCACACCACUGGUCUCACUGGGCUCUUUUAUAUAUUCUUUAAUCGAGUACCAGCCUCUGACCUUUAAUCGGUGGUACAUCUACCCAUCCUGGGCAUAUGUGCUGGGGUGGAUACUGGCCCUCUCCUCCAUCCUGCUUGUUCCAGGAUGGGCCCUGUAUAAGCUGGGCACUGGGACUGGGAUGGGAGGUGGGAUGAUUGUGGUAUAA